GGCGGCAGCGCUCGCCAUUGCCGCUGGUGGCAGGAGGCUGCGAGGAGCCGGCGCGGUCGCAGUCUCCACGGCGCAGGCCCACGGUAGCGCAGCCGCUCUGAGUAGAUCUACAUGGAGGAGCACGGAGUGACCCAAACUGAACACAUGGCUACCAUAGAAGCCCAUGCAGUGGCCCAACAAGUACAGCAGGUCCAUGUGGCUACCUACACUGAACACAGUAUGCUGAGUGCUGAUGAAGACUCGCCUUCCUCACCAGAGGACACCUCUUACGAUGAUUCCGACAUACUCAACUCCACAGCUGCCGACGAGGUAACAGCCCAUCUGGCUGCUGCAGGUCCUGUGGGAAUGGCUGCUGCUGCUGCUGUGGCAACAGGAAAGAAACGGAAACGGCCUCAUGUGUUUGAGUCUAAUCCAUCUAUCCGGAAGAGACAGCAAACACGUUUGCUUCGGAAACUUCGAGCCACAUUAGAUGAAUAUACUACUCGAGUAGGACAGCAAGCUAUUGUCCUCUGUAUCUCACCCUCCAAACCCAACCCGGUCUUUAAAGUAUUUGGCGCAGCACCAUUGGAGAAUGUGGUGCGUAAGUACAAGAGCAUGAUCCUGGAAGACCUGGAGUCCGCCCUAGCGGAACACGCCCCUGUGCCACAGGAAGUUAACUCAGAGUUGCCGCCUCUCACCAUCGAUGGAAUUCCAGUCUCUGUGGAUAAAAUGACCCAGGCCCAGCUUCGGGCAUUUAUUCCAGAGAUGCUCAAGUACUCCACAGGUCGGGGGAAACCAGGCUGGGGCAAAGAAAGCUGCAAGCCCAUCUGGUGGCCUGAAGAUAUCCCGUGGGCGAAUGUCCGGAGCGAUGUCCGCACAGAAGAGCAAAAGCAGAGGGUUUCAUGGACCCAAGCACUACGGACCAUAGUUAAAAACUGUUAUAAACAGCAUGGGCGGGAGGACCUUUUGUAUGCUUUUGAAGAUCAGCAAACACAAACACAGGCCACAACCACACACAGUAUAGCCCAUCUCGUUCCAUCACAGACCGUAGUCCAGACCUUUAGUAACCCUGAUGGCACUGUCUCACUUAUCCAGGUUGGCACAGGGGCAACAGUAGCCACAUUGGCUGAUGCUUCAGAAUUGCCAACCACAGUCACUGUUGCCCAAGUGAAUUAUUCUGCUGUGGCAGAUGGAGAGGUGGAACAAAAUUGGGCCACGUUACAAGGAGGUGAGAUGACCAUCCAGACGACGCAAGCUUCGGAGGCCACACAGGCAGUGGCAUCAUUGGCAGAGGCCGCAGUGGCAGCUUCUCAGGAGAUGCAGCAGGGAGCUACAGUCACCAUGGCACUCAACAGUGAAGCUGCCGCCCAUGCUGUCGCCACACUGGCCGAAGCCACCUUGCAAGGCGGGGGGCAGAUCGUCCUGUCUGGGGAAACCGCAGCAGCCGUUGGAGCACUUACUGGCGUCCAAGAUGCUAAUGGACUGGUCCAGAUCCCUGUGAGCAUGUACCAGACUGUGGUAACCAGCCUUGCCCAAGGCAACGGGCCGGUGCAGGUGGCCAUGGCCCCCGUGACCACCAGGAUAGCAGACAGCACAGUCACCAUGGACGGCCAGGCGGUGGAAGUGGUGACGUUGGAACAGUGACGUGCAGCCAUAUCAUGGCAUCAUUUUCUAGUCUACUUCAGAAAUUUUUACACAUUGCAGAGGUGCAAUCAAAUGGAAUUAAGUCUCUCGACUUUGGAAGAAAAGUAUUGUUAACCCUUUUUUAAAAAAGGAAGAAAGGCAGCGGAUUUGGAAUUGCAUUUUUUUAAAGCACCACUCUUGAUUUUCUGGGAUUGGUGGAUUAAGAUACUGCGCUGUCAGUUUCACUGUCCCUAAAAAGCCAAAUUGUGGCAGGACUUCUUUCUGCAAAAACAUCUUUACAGAGAGGAGGUUGGCGCUGACGGGCACCUGCCCAGGAAGGCUGGCCAUCACACCGGGCUGGGGCAUAAGAAGAGAAAAGAAAGGACUGGGUGUUUCCUGAGCUCCGGGAUCAGGCCCUCUCGGAAGGGACCUUGCGUCCUGGUGCGCCCAGGCCCCGCACAGCUGCCUCCUCACGGUGUCCCUGGGUCUGGGCUUCUCUGUGACUCCUCAUGUCUGGGAUUUCUCAGCUGCAAGCCCUGAGUCACCAGUGGCUAAAUUCACCUGACUUUUCGACAGGCCAAAUCUCCGCUCCUUGAGAACAGGGACAACUCUUCCCCCUCCUCCCGGGCCCCCCACGUGUGAUAGUGUAUUUAAUGUGUUUUUUUAACGCAACAUUAAAAAAUUAUUCCUGUCUUGCUCA